GGCGGGGAGGAGCAGCUGGAGGAAGUGACGGCGCCAGUGCGGCCCCGUCGGCCGCCGCGCAGGCGCCAACGCCAGGGGACCACUGAGAAGCAGACGCCACAGUACCCGGUGCUGGAUUUCGCCGAAGCGGUCAUCAAGCGGUACAGAAUGCUCGGAUGCGCGAACAUGUGGCGCGGUGACAACAGCGUGGCCACGCUGCACCGCUGCGCAGCCGCCUCGGCCAAGACCUACGUACAGCAGCUCCGGCAGCAGGCGGCGGCCCUGGCCGAACACUCGAGGGCCGCCAGUGUCCCCUCGGGGCAGGUCGAGAGCUCCGCCGCUGACUCGGUUGUGGAGGAAGGUGAAGAUCCAGUUGCGGGCGCGACAGCAGAGGAGACUGAGGACUCUGUUUCUGACUCCGCCGUGGACGCGGACGGCCCCAUGCCUCCCGCUCAGGGGUGGCCGACGGCAGAGUUGACGAGGGUGGAUGGAUCACCGGCCGGGAGAGCGGCACGCCACCUGAACUGGACCUUCUGGUCCGACUACAUGGAGCCGCCGAGCCGGCUGGAGCGACGGCGCGGGGAGCCAUCGGCGGUCGGACACAGCGCCGCCGCCGAGCCGCCGCAGGCCCCUGCCGAGCCGGAGCCCUUCGUGCCGCCGCACCUGCGCGACGACUUCCCGUACGACAUCCGCGUGGUGCAUUCUGGCCUGGUUAACCUGCCGCCGCCCGAUGUCAAUGGCGUGCAGAUGCAGCCGGGCCCGCUGUCAGAGCUGGAUCGGCGCCCCGGCUCAUACGGGGACCCGCUGACCGGCGUCGGCGCGGACGCGCCGCUCUGGGAGCGCGUGCAGGGCGGCUCGGACGGCGUGGCUGCCGCGCUGGCCGGGGCCGUCCUCUUCGUCACGGCGGCGUUGGUGGCCACAGCGGCGGUCUCCUCUGACGGUGUCGGCUGGCAGGAGCUGCUUGGGCGCAGCCUGGCCGGCCAUCCGGCAGACCCGGCUGACGGUGGCAUCCUGGACAUCGUCCGGACGGUGGAGGCCGCCCUGUAUCCUCAGCAGGAUGGCUGCCUCCGCUGGCAACUCUGUCGUAUGGGGCAGUCGUCCAGCUGGCAGCCGCUCCAGUCAAUGUUGGGCGCGGGCGUGGCCUGGUUCUCGGACAGCUCGGAGGACGAGGGGGACCUAAUGGCGAAGCUGAAGGCGGUGGCGGAGGGCGCAAUGGCUGGCGACUGUCGGGCCUACCCACGCUGUUCGCGCUAGCGCCGUCACGCCGGUCGCCUGCUGACCGGGCGGCAACGCACAGCGACCAACAUCGGGAGAGAGGGUGUGUGUGAGAGAGAGGUAGAGAGAGAGAGAGAGAGAGAGA